UUUUAGGCGCACACAGUUAGCAGUAGUAUUAGAAAAGUACAUUCUGACUAAAAGAAAGAAGCAUAAUGACUGAGUAUGUCUCUCGUUACGAUGAGAGCCGUCGUCAAAUAUCUAAAUCAUCUUCCUCUGAUGUAAUGACUUCUAAAAGGGUAAAUGACCACCAUUGGUCUGAAACUAGAAUAAUUGCUCAAAAGAAUGAAGGCAGAGACAAAAGUUUCACUUCAAUAAACAAAGAAUUAAGUAGGAAAAAUGUGCCCACUAUGAGUGAUAUGCUUUGCAAGCGUGGGAUGGAUGACAAAUCAAACCGCCCUUUUUUAGAAGACUACAAAAUUACUCGUAAAUUAGACAUACGGCCAUCUGACUCAUCUUACACGAGGAAACUUUCUUCAGAUACUACAAAUUCUACCAUAGAAAUGUCCACUGUUGUGCAUUACUCUAAAACUCAUUUAGACAGAGAUGUACAGAAUUGCCAUACUUCUACUAAAAACAGAGACUCUACUCAUAAAACAGUUGCUCAUAAUCACAAGAAAAAAUUAGAUUUUUUUUGUAGUGAUAAGAGAAAAACUGUUGAGAAUACUCACCCUCCUUCUUACUUUUCUCAUGUAUCUGAAGUUAGGCAGCUGAAUGGUGUCUCUCACGAUAGUCAUCAUUACAGAACUACCAAUCAUGUGCCCAAUGGUUACUGCCAUUCAGAAAUUAACCAAUCUCAAUCAAGAGAUUCUAGUCACGUGCCAAUUCAUGGUUCAGAGGGCAAUUUAUUACCAGCUCCUCUCAUAAGAUGCACUGAUCUCGAUAAAAGGUCCUUCGCCAAAUACAUAUCACCAGUACAAGCUCAGAAUCACAUAAGUCCUGCAUUAAAUUAUGUUUCACACGGUAACUCUAAAGAUGGAUAUUCUUCACCUUCUAGUCAAAAAAUGGUUAACCCUGAAGAAUCUUUUAGCCGUCCUAACUCUUCAGCAUGGGGGGAGGAGGAAAAUUCCAAUGAGGACAAGUCACUUUCUGUGAAUUUCCCAAAUCCUGUGACGUCCACCCCUACUCCAGAAAAACCACGUUAUCCGUAUUCCAUAGAGAUGAGGGAAGGAAUGUUUAAAACCGUCAAGGAAGGUCCAGACCACGAAACACUUCGGAUUCAUAUCAUUGAGAAUUACGGAUCUGGUGACUUGAGAGAUGGUGGUUUUAGUUGGGGAUGGAGCAUUGAACAGAGAAGUUCUGUUCUGCCAUCUACCAGAACAUCUUCAGCAUCGAAGGAUAAAAGUAACUCUAGUGCCAAUAAAGAUGUUCAUAAGUCCAAAAGAAGACUUGAAUUUGAAAAGACAUCAGGUUCACCUACACCAAAGAAAUCAAAGACCAAAGUCUCAGAUGGUCGGGACCCAAAGAGCAAUAGAGAAUAUUCUUCAAAAGCUACUGCUGAAGAUAAAAGUAAAUCUAACCCUGUUGCCCCGCCAAAAUAUUUGAGCCCUCAUAUGAAACAUAAUUCGAUGCAGGGUGAAAAAGUGACCAAGUCCUCAAAAUAUUCACAUACUGAUGUGAAAAAAUCACCAAACUUUGGAAGGAACCUGGAGUUUGACAAACAUGCUGGGACUGCAGUGUCUCCUGCAGAGAAAAGAAAAUCUCCAAUUUAUGUGCCUUCCUCGGAAAUGAUAGCCCAUCUUUCCAAAACAGAUUGCUCUGGGAAAAACAACGUGAUUGAUGAUUCUACGAUGGGUUUUAUUUCAUCAAAAAAGGAAAGGAGUGUAGUUUAUUCAGGAAGAAAGUCAGCUUUAGAAGUACAACCAUUGAAAGCUAUGUGCUUUGAAUCAGUAAAGAAAAAUAUUUUAGGAUUAAAAAUUGGACAAAAUGUGCCUUUUGAGUUACUGUUGCCUGCUUUAAAAUUAUGCAGUCCAUCUAAACUUCACAAAAUUGAAGAGCAUAAUCGGCAUAUUUCGAGACGUACUGACUGCCUUUGGAAAAAAUUCUGUGAAUCUGAGUUUCGUGAUCAGAAGCGUCUUAAUGGAGAAGCAUGGAAAGAUGUUUAUUGGAGGGCUCGAACAUUACGUGAAGCGAAGCUAAAAAAUUUGGCAGCUAGCAUCUCAAAUGGAAUGUCCAAAACUCAUCCUGAGCGACAAGCAAAAUGGGUUGGUGUUGGCACCAACAAUCCUGAGAAACGACAAAGAAAAAACAAAGUUGAUGAGGUCCGUACUAAAGUUGAAAUUCUUAGAGUUGAAGAGAUUCCUAAACCAGAAGCUAAUGGAAAAGGAAACAGCUCAAGUACAACCCACAAGUCUUCAACUAAAAAGAGAAGUGGGUCUGAAUCAUCAUCUUCAAACAGUCCGCAUUCUGCCCAGAAACCCACUAGUCUGCCCAAAAAUCAAGUCUCCAAGACUAGUAAAAAAACUCUUGCACCAUUGAUGUCUAAAACAAAGAAAAUGUUGAACUUUGUUAAUCGACGUCGCUGAAUGCUUAAUUUAUUAUGUACAUUUUCACCUAAAUGAUGGAAGAUUUAAUUCAACGUUCUUACCAAAAUGCAAAGUCUUGCCCUGUAAUUAAAUGUAAAUUAAAUACGCUAUUUUUAAAGUUAAAAAAGGUGUUUUUAAAGUUUGUGACAUUUUGCGCACAAGUUAUCUGAUGUUGAUAAUGUUAUGAAUAUUUUAAUGAAAAUUUUAAUAAACUCAAACAAAAAUCUA